CAAUUUCCCCAUUCAAAAACUUAGUCUCUUCAAUAUAUUCUCUGCACAACAACAUCAAAAUUCAAAGAAUCAAAAUCUAGAGCACAACCAUCUGUUUUUGUACACAAGAAUUCCUUCAAAGAGCCUAAUUUUAUAUUUUGAUUUUCGUUGCGAUUAAUUAAGUUAAACAUAAUGAAGAAGAUGAGCAGCAGCAACAACAACAUGCGAAGUUCCAAGACGAAGUUGAUCUCAAGCAGAGGCCUCGGAGGAGUCCUUAGAGAGCAAAGGGCCAAACUUUACAUAAUAAGGAGAUGUGUGGUCAUGCUCCUUUGCUGGAAUGACUGAAAUUCCCUACACCAGGAACGAAAGUCAGCCUUAGUGAUCUGACUGUGCCAAUUGGAAGAGCCGUCGCUCAAUGGAUAAAAGUUACAUAACAGGCUGAGAGCCCUAUAUACCAAAAUUGGUUUAUGGCCUUAUAGAGUUAGCAAUUCUUUUAUACUCAGUUCUUGGAAGUGUACAGAGCAAUAGUGUACAUUAGGUAAAUAGGUUUUUGACAAUUUUGUAUACUAAAUUUAGGCCCUUGAGGCCUCUUGUAUGCAUUGAAUAGGUUCAAUCAAAGACAAUAUUGACUC